AGACAUUUUUCAGUGCUUUACAUACCCAACGAGGAAAUUUUAAACGAGUCAAUUUAGUUCAUAUAUAGAAGAUAUAGAUCUCUUUCUACUCUUUUGCCUGUCAUUAUUAGGAGAGCAAUAAAGAUAUAUUUAUUAAACCUGAAAGAUUUUUGCCCCCAAAUAACCUAGAUCCAUCUCCAGUUAUUAUGAUUUUGACUAAAUGAAGAGUAAACGAGAAGACGGGAAGUUGUCGAUCUCUUGAUCAAGCAGCCAACAGUUGCAUGUAUUUUGAUAUACAAAUCCAAACAGCUGACGUCUGACAGCUGACGGUUAGUGUCCUGAAAAUCUAAGUCAAGCGAUAUGGCUUGUUCAGGGUCGGAAAUCAGUCACAAGGAACGCAAUUAAAGCACGGUAGCCUGAGGCUCACAUUCCCGGCAGCCACGAAACCCAGGUGGAGUCUUGUUGCUGCCAGAAGGACAAGAGAGAUGGGGAGAGACGGGGAAGAGAAGCGUGAACUCUCCUGGUAUCCAAGGCUAAGAGUGACUGCACAAUAAAGCAAAGGCAGAGCCACCUUCCACUGUCUUGAGCGCCACAAAAAAACAAACCAUUCCCUAAAACUCCAAUACCGUUGGGAGGAGGAAAGCGCCAAGGUGAAAAGGAAGGACCUGACUAGGAAACGAGGAAAAGCAGAAGCGAAGCCAAGAAACGUCUUCAGUAAAAGCAGACAACGGUUUGGAGAAGGUAAGAAGGGCCACAACCGAGACCACGUGCAUACAUUUCAAGCACCCCAGAAUCAAAACAAACCUGCGUGGCCCCGCCCAUUCCCCGUCACGUGACGUCCACGCUCGGGCGGCUUCCGGAAGAGCCCGGUAGCAACCGCUGCGAUUCCUUCCUUGCUGAGGCUUCACCGCCAGAGUUUUGGCCUCUCUCAGACCGGUUCCCGCUCCGUUUCUCUUUUGGUUUGGGCUGAGCCCGCGCAGUGCUUGCCAUGGCAGCGAGCCCCGGGACGAUCACUAAUGCGGACUCUGCAUCGGGAGGUGGAGAGGACGAAGACUGCACAACACCAAGAGUAAACCCUAAGAUACACUGUGGACAUUGGGUGAUUACGAUGUGCCAGUUUAGGUUCAUCUUUGGUGAAAAAUGUACCAUUCUGGUAAACAUGUCAAACCUUUUACACCAGAGAAAGCAAAAGAAAUCAUAAUGUGUUUACAACAACCUGCAGUCUUCUAUAACAUGGUUUUUGAUUGGCCGGCACAACACUGGACUGCGAAACAUCUUUCUGAGGUCCUUCAUGGCAAGCAGAUACGAUUUCGGAUGGGAACGAAAAGCACAGACACCGCUCCUCAGUUUGAAACCGCAUGUAAUUAUGUAGAAGCUACACUUGAAGAGUUUCUUUCCUGGAACUGUGACCAGUCUAGUAUUUCUGGAGCAUUUAGAGACUAUGAUCAUUCCAAAUUCUGGGCUUAUGCUGACUAUAAAUAUUUUGUCAGUUUAUUUGAAGACAAGACAGAUAUUUUCCAGGAUGUGAUAUGGUCUGACUUUGGGUUUCCUGGAAGAAAUGGACAGGAAAGUACAUUGUGGAUCGGCUCCCUGGGGGCCCAUACACCCUGUCAUCUGGACACCUAUGGUUGCAACUUAGUAUUCCAGGUACAAGGAAGGAAAAGAUGGCAUCUCUUUCCUCCUGAAGAUACUCCUUUCCUUUAUCCAACUAGAAUCCCUUAUGAAGAAUCCAGUGUGUUCAGUAAAAUCAAUGUUGUCAAUCCUGAUUUAAAACGUUUUCCUCAGUUCCGGAAAGCUCAAAGGCAUAUGGUUACGCUGAGCCCAGGACAGGUUCUGUUUGUUCCCAGACACUGGUGGCAUUAUGUGGAAUCCAUUGAUCCUGUCACUGUCAGUAUAAACUCAUGGAUUGAGCUGGAAGAGGACCACCAAGCCCGGGUAGAAGAGGCAAUCACCCGCAUGCUUGUGUGUGCCCUGAAAACUGCAGAGAAUCCACACAAUACCAGAGCUUGGUUAAACCCAACUGAGCUUGAGGAAACAUCCCAUGAAGUCAAUUGUCACUACUUAAAUGGAGCCAUUUCUGCUUUUUUUAGUCAUUAUGGAACAUCUGAAGUAGUAGAAACCCAAGCACUGAGGACAAACAGAGAAUACACGAUAAAGGAGGAGUUAAAUGUGCACAACCACGUGGAGGUAGAACAAAUUGGUAGCCACAACUCAAGUUCAGAAACAGUAAAACAAGAGGCAGCAAGUCCUUUUGGCCUUGAUCUGGUUCCUGUCAUACCAAGUUCCCAAGAACCAUCUUCAGAAAGAGGAGGCAUAUUUGAAAAUGAUGGUGAAGAGUUUGUCAGCAAAAAUGGAAAAUCCUUUGGAAAACUGCCUAAUACCAAGAGGCAACGAAUGAUGAGUGAGAGUGAGAAUGCAGUUGUGGAACAGGUUGCUUCAGAUAGGACUGGGGCCCUUUCCCAAAUAUUCGUUUCUACAGAUGACUUGCUGGACUGCUUGGUGAAUCCACAGGUAACCAGGAUAGUGGCACAACUUCUGAUUCAAGGAAAAAGUGUGUGAUUCUAAUAGAAAAUGAUUUUUUAAAUACUGUUUUAAGAAUAUCUUUAAAAUAAUGUAGUUUUUAAAUAAAAGAUGAAACAGCAAAAGUUCAAUUUGCACAUGCUUAAAAUGUACUGUUCUCACCUAAUUAAAUUUUAGUCUCUUGCCACCUUCUGGCAUACACAUUGCUCUUUGGACAACCUGACUCUUUGUUGUUUGUUUGCCUAUUUACUUGGUGCCUUUGCCUUGCCUCUCCCAUCUCAUACCUUCAGCCUGUCUCAAAUAUAAGCUCCUGGCAUUCUCAAAAGGCAGUAGUCUCUGCAUCAGCCUCAAGCAGGGGUCAGCCUGCUGCUUGUUUUCGUAAAUAAAGUUGUAUUGAAACAUGGCCAUACCAUUCA